AUGGGAGGUGACAAUGGUACGGAAGUAACAGAGUUCAUUUUAUUGGGAUUCUCGGGUUUUGUCUUUCUCCAGGGCCAUCUGUUUUGGGGUGUACUGUGUAUCUAUGUAGUUACCUUGCUGGGCAACUCUCUGAUCAUCCUGCUCACGCUGGCCGACUCAGCGCUCCACUCCCCCAUGUACUUCUUCCUGCGUCACUUCUCUCUGGUGGAGAUCCUCUACACCACUACCAUCGUGCCGAGGAUGCUGGCUGACCUGCGCUCUUCCCGCCCCACCAUCCCCCGUGGCAGCUGCUUCACGCAGUUGUACUUCUUUGCCCUUUUCGGCAUUACCGAAUGCUGUUUGCUCACCGCCAUGGCUUAUGACCGAUAUGCUGCGAUCUGCUGUCCACUGCAUUAUACUACCCUGAUGAGCCAGGGAACGUGUGCCAGCAUGGUGGGGGGCUCUUACCUUGCGGGCAUCAUCACUGGCACCACUCACUCUGUCUUCAUCUUCACUCUGCCUUUCCGUGGCGCCAACACCAUUCAUCACUUCCUGUGUGACAUCCUGCCUGUGCUGAGACUGGCUACUGCGAGCACUUUCUGGGGCGAAGUGGGGAAUCUCUUUGUCACAGUCGCUUUUAUCUUCACGCCCUUCUCGUUGAUUGUGGCCUCUUAUGCCUGUAUUCUUGCCACUAUCCUUGGCGUUGCCACGCCCCAGGGGCGAUGGAAGAUCUUUUCCACCUGCUCCUCGCAUUUGUUUGUGGUCAUACUCUUUUUUGGGACUGGGACUGUUGCCUAUAUGAGGCCUCAGGCAGGUUCUCUUGGGGACACAGACCAGAUUCUUUCCUUCUUCUACACAGUUGUCACCCCCAUGUGCAACCCUUUUGUCUACUCUCUGAGGAAUAAGGAGGUCACAGGGGCCAUGAGGCGGCUCAUGAAGAGAUACCUUUGGGGUCCUUGA